AGAGCAUGGGUGAGAAGUUGAGAAGCAGCGAGAAUGAGAGUGAAAGGUUUUGGAAUAUGUUGAGAAUAAAAAUAGGAGAAGGAGAAGCAAGUUGGUGUCUCCCAAUCCAGAUUUCUGUGAAAGUCAGAAGACACUAAAUAGGGCUCAACCUAAAGCCAAGUCGCCCAUAAUUCUUUUGUCCCCAUAUACACUCUCACCCCACCAUCAAUUAAAGCUCUUCUCUUCUCUUCUCUUCUCUUCUAACUCUUCCACCACAAAACUAAGCUAAGGAAAACAGAGAGAAAGAUGAAGAUCCAGUGUGAUGUAUGUGACAAAAUGGAAGCCACAAUCUUCUGUCCUGCAGAUGAAGCUGCUCUUUGCCAUGGCUGCGAUCGCACCAUUCACCACGCCAACAAGCUUGCAACCAAACACCCUCGUUUCCCUCUCAUCUUCCCCACCUCCAAAGACUUCCCUCUCUGUGAUAUCUGCCAAGAGAAGCGUGCGUAUCUAUUCUGCCAAGAAGACAGGGCAUUGUUGUGCAGGGAAUGUGACCUUCCAAUACACAGAGCGAAUGAGCAUACUCAGAAACAUAACAGGUUUCUUCUAACGGGGGUGAAGCUCUCGGCUACAUCUUUGGAUUAUGCUUCCUCCUCCACCAAUGAAAAUCUCAGCUCUUCUUGCAAGGUUGAAGACAACGUGGGCAGUGACACUGGCUCGGUUUCAACCAGCAGCAUUUCUGAGUAUUUGAUCGAGACAAUACCCGGUUACUGUUUCGAAGAACUCCUUGAUGGUUCAUUCGCACCUAAUAAUGGUUUCUGUAAGAAGGAGAAUCAUGAUCAUCUUUGGGAGUUUCAGGAGCAAGAUCUAGCUCAGGAGUUAAGGAAAUUCCAAACGGGGGAUGUUAUGGUUGUGCCGUUUCUUAAACUAGUUGUUCGAGAUUGAUAAAAAAUCUAGACCAACUACUUGUAAAAAUCUGUUGGGAAAUAUCUUCUAUGGUUUCAUUAUCUGAAUUUCUUUUUGGGUUCUGUGCUUGUAUUCUUUUUAUAAACUUAUUCUUCGUUCUACA